AUGGAAAACGAGUAAGUGUUAAUAAGCCUUGUUUAUAAUUUACAUAUCUGGCUGGACAUUUUUAAAAGCGUUAGGUUACUAAAAUGUUUUUCGUUUUUAAGCAUUUUUGGUUUCGUCCCGGACUCUCCAUGCGAAGAUAGUACGCAAUUGUCUCCGUGUAUAUUCGAUGUUUUGACGAAUGGUGAGUCUGCUGACUAUGAUUGGGGUUUUCCCUUGGCCUGAUGCUUUGUUUACAAAGUCAAGGUCAGACUUAUUCCGCUUUUUUGAGUUCAAGGUCAAUUGAUUUCACUCUGUCGAGUGUACAGUAUUUUGGACGUAUCUUGUUUUGAAGCUGCUCGCCUGCUGCCGAAAAGUCUUUAGAGUUUAGAGGACCACUCAGGAUUAAUUUGUUUGCUUGGUGUUUUCGUAUCUUUGAUAAACAUUUAAAAUUCAUUCUUAGUGUUGUGUUUAAUUUUGAUUAAAUGUUGUUUUUGUUUUAGUACGAAGUCAACGACAGAGCGAUUCAAUGAGAUACAAGAGUACCUCGAAGAGUACAACACGAUUACAGAGUAUGUGUACAUAUAUUCUGAUUUUUUUCAUUGUACAAUAAAAUACAUCCACAAUUUGCUAUAUUCAGCAUCAAUGUCAGUCGGCCAUCACACGUCCAAGUGACCGUUGACAGGUUAGACAAGCACGGUUACAUUUACUUUCAUAGUAAUUUUAACAAACUAGAGAUUUACCUUGCAUAAUCUUCUUCAGACCGAGUAGAAUCGCAGUCAAGAACCGCCAGCAAUGCAGAGAGCGAGAGGAUUAACGAGAAACGGCCAGCUCGAAAAGGUAUAGCAGGUAUAUUUAUUAUUUACAGUUAUUUUACAUGAUGUACUUUGUAGAAACUUUAUAUAAAUUACUUAUAUUAUUUUAUUCUUGUAGCUUUAUUUACAUCUAAUGCCGAAACAAGUAAAGGUUCGGGGAUGAAUAGAGCAAGAGGUUAGUCCACUCCAUGUACUGUAUAUUGUAAAGAAUCGACAAAAAUUAUUGUAAUUUAAUUAGCUCUUAUAAUUUAAUACCAUGGUUUUAGGUAAACUGAUCAUUUUACCUACAGGACAUUCCCAGCCAAGGCAGACUGCAUGUAUGGUCCAAACACCAACUAGCAGCAGUUCUGAGUUUAUUUAUUGCAUAAAUAUUGUCUUUUGUAAUAACUACCUUUAAUAAAACAGAUCAAAGAAGCCAGGCAAUGAGCGCAAGAUGCAGCAGCCUUGGACAACAACUGAAUAGUCAGCAAAGACGGCCAAGUACAUUGACAGGUUCGACAGACUUCAAUACGAUUUGUCAAAAACUGAAAAGGCAUAUUUUAACCCAUUAAGCGCCAGCGCUCUCCCCCUGACGAGUAAAAUCGUCUGGCAUUAAACAGAGUAAAAUACUAAAGUAGGGUGCAUCACCAUUCAAUGGGUUGACUAGACACAUGGGCGGAUAGGCCAGUUAACCCCUUGACAAGUAAAAUCGUCUGGCGUUAGACUAGAGUCAAAUACUAAAGUAGGGGUGCAUUGCCAUUCAAUGGGUUAACUAGACACAUCCAUGGGCAGAUAGGCCAGUUAACCCAUUAAGCGCCAGCACUCUCCCCUUGACGAGUAACAUCGUCUGGCAUUAGACAGAGUAAAAUACUAAAGUAGGGUGCAGAACAGUGCAUCGCCACUCAAUGGGUUAAUCUAGCCAGUAUUCAUUACGUGUUAAUUUUCACAGGGGAAUGAGCGGCGUGACAAACAAGCGAUGAUCAACGAUCAACACGAGGUUAGUUAUUGAAUAUAUGAUCAUGUUUUAAUUUUACAUCCUACCUGCAAUUAACAAAAAUAAAAACAAAAUCUUUCUUUUGUACUGCAUUAGAACAAGCAAAUUCAGGGAUGCACAGAGAAAGAGGUAAAUGACCCGAGUAAAUUCCCAACCCCUAUCAUUAUCAAUUUGGUUUAAAUAUAUUCAUGUCUACCUUAUUACAUGCAGUUCAUCUAUAAAUUAGGUAUUUAUUUCAGCUAUUGGUCACUCCCACACUGCAGCAACUACAGCAGUUAUAAUGGAGCAAAGAACAAAUUAAGGUUUUUAUUUCAUGGCAUUGAAUACAUCCAGAUAUAUCAUCAAAAUAUCUAAUUAGUUCAAAAGAACUGAUUGAAUCAAUGUCAAAUACUAUUAUUAACUUUGAUAAUGGUUCAUAAUGUCACAUAUUAAAGAAGUGUCCCUGAAUGAAUAGAAUAUUUUCUUUAGAUCUGAUAAACGAAAUGAAGUCCCUGAUUAAGGCUGAAGUCCAUGGUUUGAAGCGCAGCAUUUCUCAACUGACUGAGCAACAGGGAGAGCUUUUUCGUAUGGUUAAGUCUUUGAAGAAGACCAGUGAAGCCAGUCACUUUGACAUGGGGAAAUGCUGUCACACUGUAUGUAUAAAAAGUAAAGCACAUGUAUUUCAACAGAUUAGUGAAGUCCUUGUGACUAGGUAGCAAUAUUAUUAUACAAUCUGUUUUUGACAGGAGAAUGUCAACAGAAUACUGGCACAGUUUUACUGUACGAAUGGUCACUAUCCAAUAGCCACUGAUGAUAAAAAGGUAUAAAAAGAAUAACUUUUUGUUUCACAAUCAGAAAUACUUAAUACUCAAAAACAAUUAUUAAAUUAAUAUACAUUACUAACAUCAAUCAUAGAUCAUUUGUCCUCGGAAAAUUGAAUACCACUUUCCCUUUAUUUAGCCUCCACACCCCCAUAUAUGAUAAACACCCACCCUCUACUUAGUCCCUUGUCAGUGCUGACUAUAUCUAAAUUAACAAUGAAUAAUAGAUGUUAUACUUUAAUAUAUUGAUAUUAUUUCAUCUGAGUUUAUUAUCUAUCCAGUUAGUAUUUACACCCCCCUCCCUCCUCUAAUAAGUCCUCAAAGGUCUGAAUAGGGAACUAUGGUAUUCAAUGAUGCUAAAAUGUUAUUAAAUUAAUCUUAGAAAUUGCUCGAGGAAGAAUUCCUGGACUCAGCUUCAGGCUUGACCGUAGAAGAGCUCAUGCUGCGUGUCACCAAAUAUGAAGCGAGCAGAUAUUCAUAUAGGAGGAGUGAGGAAUGCAGAAGAGUAAGCUUUCAGUUGUUAUACCUUUACGCAUCAGGCCCCAUCACACCAUCAUGCCCCACAAGUCACAAGUCUGUUCACUUUCUUGCUAGGUUCUUGGAAUUAAUGGCUAUGAGCACUUGGUCAAGGCAUCCUCCAAUAUUCUGGCCAAGAAAGUCCUGCAGUUGUUGGGCCAAAAACACAAUGCUGUGGCAACAUCUACAAUCAAAAAAGACAUCAUCCUGAUAGUAAGUGUACUACAUUACCAUAUAAUAUUGUAACAAUCAGUUAAUCCUGGCAGAACUUAUAUCCUCUUUCCUCCCACAAACAUAUGUACUGUAUAAAGCCUAUAUCUACACGGCACAAUUUUUCCUAUACAAUUCUGACCCUGGUGUAUGUGAUUGAAUAAAUGUGGAAUCCACAUUAGUUGUCAUAUGUCAGAAUAACAAUUGUAUACCAUGAAUCGGAUCCAUCAUGUAUAUAUAGUUAGGCCUAUACACCCUUUUCAUAAAUGGCUGCCGAUUAAAAAUUCUUUUAUGUGCAUAUAAAUUGGCCCAACUAGCCUCGUUUCUGGGUAGAAAUUCCUUUGAAAUCUUAACAUGAGUACGAGGCUAGUUGGGAAUUGUUAUAUGCACAUAAAAGAAUUUUUAAUCUGCAGCCAUUUAUGAAAAGGGUGUAUAUACAAUGUAUGUAAAAUUCUUAUAAUAUUAUUCACUAAAUAUAGCGAAAGUUUAUGAGAGAGGUAUCGGAGGAAGAAGCCAAGCAGCUAAAGGACUUCUGGGGGGCUUUCUACAGCUGGAAGAAUGAUACCCUUCCACGCCAUCUUGGUUUUGAAGAUUGGGAAGAGAUGCGAGAAGAGGACAUGCAUUUCUAUCCAGAAGACUAAGCAUACACUUCAUGCUUAAGUCUUCUGGACAGAAAUGCCGUGCAGGUUUAUCCAUCCAGAGUAGAACAUGACAAGUCAUAUACUUUGCAUAUAGAGAUAAAAGAGGUACAUGUAGAUAAAUUGGCACACAUUUUUACUUCAAGUAUGUUUAACCAUUUCGUUUGACUUGGUUAUGUAAUCUCCAAAUUUGUUUUCUUAUCUAUGACCUCCAUGGUGCAAAGUAUUCUGGUAUUUAGACUACACAAAUUAAUUUGAGCUACAAAAAGAUUGAAUAAAACAGAGUACAAUGCAACACAACUACACACAUUGGUUUACAUCUAACCUUCAAUAUAUGUAAAUCAAUUGAAUGGGUUGUCUUGCAAUGACAGUUUUCAGUAUAUAGACAUUACAUACAUGCAGUUCAGUUUUUAAAAAUUUCAUCGAUGUUAGUUAUGGAAUUGUCUUAUUGAUGUACAAACAAUAAAUGUUAAUAAUACAAAGUAAAUGAUGUUAAAUUGUACAAAUAUCGUUCUUGUCCUAUAAAGACAAUGUAAAUGAAGUAUUUAUUGCUGUAUUAUAAAGGUCAAUAUUGUAGUUUUAUAUAUAUAAGUUUUAUAAACAAUAUGACUUGAAAUUUGCUGUUUUGAUGCAUAAUGUAAUCAGGUGAAUAAGAUGCUUGUGUGAUGUAUAUCCACAUAGAGCAGGCUUGAAAAAUAUGCCACCGUGGCCAGGUCGUAUUGAAAAAUCAUUGCAGGGCCAUUGAAAAAUCCCACCGUGGCCAGGCAUAUUUUUCAAGCCUGCUCUAUGUGGAUAUUAUACACUCAGAGUAUUAAACAUCACAGAAGCAACAAUGACUUGUUUACGAUGUAUAGAGAAUGUAUAUUUCAUACGAAAACAAUGACAUAUAUUCUUUAGUAACCUCGUUUUUAACAAAAACUUACAAUCUGUUUGGUUAAUAAACACGAGCGACGAAAUUGAAGAGCUGUGAAUCCCUUUAUCUCUUUUAAACAAGUCCCAUGUGGAUCGAUGUGAAACAGUCCGUAGCGGGAUGUUAUCAACUUGCUGCAAGCUUGUGAACAUCAAGCCGCAGUGAUCUGUUCACAUCAGGUCGAAACAGGCCUGUUGAUUCAUCAGACUUGGUGCAAACUGUUAACGACAAGCCUGUUGCCACUUGUUUUCAACAGCAUUGCUGCAAGCUGCACUCAUCAACUUGCUGCUGGCCCGCGGUCAUCCAGUUGCGACAGACAGGUAGCAUCAGGUCUGUCGCGGCUUGACGUAUUCAUCAGGGCUGACGCAACCUGUCAUCAGCUUGCGUCGGCCAGGUAAAUUCCUCAACUUGCAGCAAGUCCGUGAGAUUUCUGGCCGUGUAGUACAACAUCAUGUGUUAGAAAGUCACCCUUUUUUUAUGAAACAUAAAUUGGGGUGCGUUUAUGUGUUGUCUAUAGUAAUGCUAUAUAGUACAACAACAUGUGUUAGAAAGUCACCCCUCUUUUAUGAAACAUAAAAUCGGGGUGCGUUUAUGUGCUGUCUAUAGUAAUACUAUAUAGUACAACCUCAUGUGUUACAAAGUCACCCCUUUUUUAUGAAACGUAAAAUCGGGGUGCGUUUAUGUGUUGUCUACUGUAAUACUAUAUAGUACAACCUCAUGUGUUAGAAAGUCACCCCUUUUGUAUGAAACGUAAAAUCGGGGUGCGUUUAUGUGUUGUCUAUAGUAAUACUAUAUAGUACAACAUUAUGUGUUAGAAAGUCACCCCUUUUUUAUGAAACAUAAAAUUGGGGUGUGUUUAUGUGUUGUCUACAGUAAUACUAUAUAGUACAACAUCAUGUGUUAGAAAGUCACCCCUUUUUUAUGAAACAUAAAAUCGGGGUGUGUUUAUGUCUUGUCUACAGUAGUACUAUAUAGUACAACAUCAUGUGUUAGAAAGUCACCCCUUUUUUAUGAAACAUAAAAUCGGGGUGUGUUUAUGUCUUGUCUACAGUAAUACUAUAUAGUACAACCUCGUGUUAGAAAGUCACCCCUUUUUUAUGAAACGUAAAAUCGGGGGGUGUUUAUGUGUUGUCUAUAGUAAUACUAUAUAGUACAACAUUAUGUGUUAGAAAGUCACCCCUUUUUUAUGAAACAUAAAAUUGGGGUGUGUUCAUGUCUUGUCUACAGUAAUACUAUAUAGUACAACCUCAUGUGUUAGAAAGUCCCCCCUUUUUUAUGAAACGUAAAAUGGGGGUGUGUUUAUGUGUUGUCUGUAGUAAUACUAUACAGCGUGUAAAAAAAAAUGCUACGGAAAUUGAACAGGCUGUCAUGCAUCACAAACUUAGCUAAACAAUUCAAUUUUUACAUAGGACGAAAGAGCUGUUACUUAGCUUUUCAAUACUUUUUUAAAUCGUAACGAUGAGAAACGACCACAGACUUGUCGAAUAGAAAUUGCCGGUCGAAAUCACAUUCUUCCACCUUUGGGAAUUAAAAAUACAUUACAUAUUAUAAAUCGAACACAUAUUAACCUUAUUUACAUUUUGUUUACACUCUCUGAUCAUUCGAGCCCCGACACCUUCGACAUGUCCACCAGCUCUGUCAACACAAAGAGACUUCGCCAGAGCAUUCCAUGGACAGCUUGUUUCACCAUGACUCGAUCAUUUUGCAAUGUUCUUAAUUCAUGGCGAAUAUGGUUUUGGAAGUCGUUUAGGUCAUUUGAUGGACUUACAAAAACUUUGCUUUUCAAGCAACGCCAAAGAAAAAAAUCACAUGGUGUGAGUCGGGUGAUCUCGGCGGCCACCCCACUGCAUGGCCGAGGACAACAACGCGGUUUCCGGACAGUUCCCUCAACCGAUCUAAUGAUCUUGCACAGCAAUGAGACGAUGCGCUGGGGCACCGUCUUGAAACCACGAAAGACGUCGAAACACCCCACCAUGCUGACGAUCAAAAAGCGUUUGGAGUUGUGGCACGUUGUCGUUCAACAUUUGCAAAUAACGUACGCCAUUGACAUUCCCAAAUUUGCCCAACAUUUAUAUGUAAUGCGCGAUGUUUUUGACAUCCCCCGUCGACCAAAUGUUUGGUAAAAAAUAUUGCCAAAAUUAGCUUUAUUAUUUUAUCUUUCCAUAAACGUAUUUCACGACUUGAAUUUCUCCCAGAUUUUGUAAACCUAUCCCCUCCACAAUGCCUGACUCGCCGGUACAAACUGCCAGACAUUCAACUUUUCUGUCAGAACCGGGGAGGGGGGGGGGCUGCCACCACCCUCUCCCGUUACGACCAUGCAGUGACUUAGCCAGAACGAUAAUUGGGGGUGGGGCAUAUUCAUAUAUUCGUGUUCUGCUUUAUUAAUUUCUUUUGAAAUCAAUUGUUUUUAUGGUAUGUGAACACCAAUAUAUGAAUAUGCCCCCCCAAUUACCGUUCUGGCUACGCCUCUGCGACCAUGCUUGUCAUGAUGUGUUAACACCUGUGGCAGGAUAGUCCAAAUAUCUACAAUGAUAUUCGACCGCCUCGUGAUCAUGAUCCAAAAGAUUUCCUUCGUAAUCAUCUAAACAAUUUUUCAUCAUAUAUGAAAAUAUAAAUGUAGUUGUCAUAAGCAUCUUCAUCGAACAAUCUUUGAUGCCGGUUUCAUGUCCCGCUGCUGCCCGGCUGAAUGCAUUAAACAGAAUCAAUAAUCAGCUGAAAUAUCUGAUGUUUAGUGCAUUAGGCACAGGCCUUGCCUUAGAACAAGAAACUGACUGAUGAUGUUGAUGCAAAGUAUCAUAAUUAUAUUUUAUGUUCAGCAAGCGAGAAUUAGUGUAAUAGGAAGAAAGGAUCAAAGCAAUAUAAAAUAUUCAAAUCGACGGUUUAGGCAAGUAUAUCUCCCAUGCGUAACAUCCUAAUGAUCUGAAAGAUACAAAGAACCAAACUUCAAUAUUUGUGCAAUUUGGUAUCUUACAUAUCGGUAAUCCACAAGUUACAAGCAUUUUUAAAUAAAACUUAAAUGUUGCCUCUGGAACACUAAUUGACAAUUGGUUGACAAUUUUUGAGAACUGGAUACAGGAUUCCUUUUCGCAUUUAACAAUUGGUCCUAUUAAUGAGUUGAUUACAUACAAAAGUAGCUACAAUUGUUUUUGACAAUUUUUUAAAUGUCAAUGUAGGGGGUGUUAAGCAACUGUAAUAUCAUAGUUGCCUCGAAAUCCUUUGUCUCGCGAGGUACGAUUAAUCACUAUCUUACCUCAUUACCCAUGCAUACGCUUUUGUUUUCUAAAUUUCCCUGGGAAAUUUAGUUGAAAACAAAGGAUUUCUUUGUCUUCUAAUUUUCCCCUGCAUGUUUGAUGAGGGAAAAUUAGAAGACAAAGAAAUCUUUUGUCUUUUACUAAAUUUCCCGGGUGAAAUUUAGAAGACAAAAGCGUACCUCAUUACCUCUGAUUGGAGAGCUGUACCUCAUCGAAAAUCAUCGGCACAACUAUAUGGACAGUAUCUGACGACACCGUCCCGUACACAUUCGAACAAUCACUUUGCCAGCUUUUAUUCCCUAAUCUUGAACAUUUCAAUUGUGGGUGAAAAUUCCGUUUAUGCGCAUGCCUAAAACGCCAAUGAACGCGGAGAUGUGUUUCUGUGCGUGCGUAUAUAUGAAAAGUGUUCGUACCACAAUCAUAAGACAAUCAAACAGCAUUCAAAAUGGCAACACACCACACGCGAUUCCCUCUGCAACUAUGAUAUUACAAAGUGAUAGCAUGGCAUUACGGUUGAUUAGUGAUGACAUUCCCUCAAGCCUUGAGAGGUUUAGUAAAAGUUACUAAACCUCUCUCGGCUUUCGGGUACAUAUUUAAUCACUAAUUGCCCUGAAUGCCAUGCUAUUACUUAUAAAAAUUGUAUUAACAAGAAAUGAUCGCAUGAGCAAAUAAGAUACUAGCCCAUGUUUCACUAAAAUGCAUCCCAAUAGGAGGCUAUUGGAUUAAUUGUGAAGGGAUUUUUUUCUUUAAUUGGACAAGAACAAUAGAGAACAUUUCCUGUACAAUACAAGCACUCUGUAUACAGUGUUGUGAUCACACUCCUUUAACCUAACCUUCCAUUUACAAAAAUCAUCAUAUCACAAAUGUAACCAUUAAUUUGUUUGUUAGAUGAAAUUCCUUUGCAAUUUUAACAGCAUUGAUCUGGCUUAUAUCUGGAAAUCUAGUGAAAACAUUUCUGGCUGGAAAUCUGGCGAAAUAUUUCUUGAACAAACCAUGCAAAAUUUUGAAUCCAUCCCCUUUUUAGUUACCAGCAAUUUCGACUAACUGAAACAAUAUAUUUGGCGGCAUAUUUUCCAAGGAAAAAUAUCCGUAGAAUAGGGCUUUAAAAGUCUAUUAUGUGGCUGUGACUGGUUUCAGUUGACUUAAUAACGCUAAUCUAGUCAUUGGCCAUAUAUAAAAACCAUCUUUCACAAUUGUUCCUUCUUCAAAUUGAUUAGCAAGGACAGGCGAAAGGUUGCAUCCUGGUAAAACUAUGGUAACAUUAACAGCUAAAUAUCCCGAUGGCACCGCUCUACCGUGCACGACAGAUUGACCCGUGACUUUGCCGUAAGCAUGGACUCUUCAGUUGUCGUCUAACAAGGCGAUAGCUUUUCCUAAAGAGGAUAUUUAUAUAAAAAAAUAGUUAAAGACAUAAUAAUAUACAUAAAAUAUUACUCGACUGCGAUUGCUUAAUUUCAGUGCAGUUAAUCUGAAACAGCAGGGCAAAAUCUGUAAUCACAGUGCAAUUUUUUGUAAUCGUAGUACAAUUUUCUGUUAUCACAGUGCAAAAAUCUGUAACAAACUGAUCUGAUUAGUAGAAAAACAAUGUGAUGAUACAAUCAAACAAUCAGAUUAAACCAGUUCACAAGUAAUGGUCACAGAACAAAACAAACAAAACAAACAUGUCGCCGCGCUACAUAAAGUAAAAGUCGACUUGCGUUGGAAAAUAUGGCUUUUAUUCUUUUUUAAAUGGAAAAGCCUUUACCUUAAACAAGACUAACAAAACUUACAUAGUUUAGUAGAAUUUUCAAGCUGUUCACAUUGUAUAAUGUGAUAUAACAAAGCCAGACAUUUUAUGUAUACCGUACUAUUAAUAAGUAAUAGCAUGGUUUCGAGUGCAAUUUGGAUAAAACAAGCUCUCUUUGAAAAACUCAGUCGUGCAUGUUUUAUCCAAAUUGCACUCGAAACCAUCCUAUUGCCUACACUAAUAUAAUAAAAUCUGGCAGACCAGUCACAUAAAGAACAUGUACGUGUGUGGUCGUAUAAACCGACAAAAAUGCUGCGGCCACAUUAAUCAAGGUACAGCUGUUGUGCAACGGUAAUAUCUUAGUUGUGUGUUACUGCUUGAACGUUCUUAAUUAAGACAAACCUGACUGCUUACCUUGAUAAUACGUAGCAUGAGAAACCAGCCUUAGCCGAGUCGGUUCAUUUGGUCUUGAGGAAAAUUCAGAUGAUGAAUGCAAUGAAGAAGGCCAUGACGAAGGUAAUGACAAAGGUAAUGAUGAAGGUAGCAAAGAAGGCAAUGAUGAAGGUGAUGAAGGAUGCAAUGAUGAAGGUAAUGAUGAAGGUAAUGAAGAAGGCAAGGAAGAUGGCAAAGAAGAAGGCAAUGAUGAAGGUAAUGAAGAAGUCAACGAUGAAGAUAAUGAUGAAGAUAAUGUUGGAGGUAAUGAUGAAGGUAAUGACGAAAGCAAGAAAAAUGGCAAAGAAGAAGGCAAUGAUGAAGGUAAUGAUGAAGGUAAUGAAGAAGGCAAGGAAGAUGGCAAAGAAGAAGACAAUGAUGAAGGUAAUGAAGAAGAUAAUGAGGAAGGUAAUGAUGAAGGAACAAGUGUGGUCAUAGAAAGAUCUGACGAUUUGGCGGUUGAAAGUGUUUGAACCUCAGAGGUAGAGCCUGUAUUUCCGGACGGCACAAAAGCACCAAAUCCUUUCCCUGCCAAAGAACAAAUUUUCGAUUUAACAAAUUCUGCUCCAGCCCCAUUUGAACCCCACAACCGGGCGAAUCCAUGUUGGCUGCUUUUCGUUUUCUUUAACAUGAUUACGACGUCAUAACCUUUUAAAUGUAGCUGACGUGCCUAUAUAAUAUUGUCAGAAAGUUAGAAAAAAUAUUAAACAUUAAUAUCAAGUCGAUGGAUUGCAAUGAAUGUAAACUAUUCUAAAACCAUCUGGGCCCCGGUUGUGCAAAUGCUGGAUAUAGGAUUAUUCGCUGUGUAUUAGAGCGCAUUUUGGGAAGCACAGAUAACAUGGCAAAAAGAUAUCCGUCGAAUAAGCUUAACGCGAUAUUUUGAAUGUCAGCUGUUCUUAGUUUUUUGUACAUAUUAUUCCCAUCAAUCCUCAAUGAAAUGUUAACUGUUUUUCAUGCUUGUUCUUAUUUCAACAUUGCUAAAUUCCUUUUAUUUCAGUGGCGCAAUCGUUAGAGCAUGCGCCUUUCACCUCUGAUAUUGUGGGUUCAAAUCCAGUUUGGGGACGACUUAUGAUAGCCAUGUGAAAAGAGCAGGUCAACGCUCUGCCGAAAGUUGAGGGUUUCCUCUGGGUACUCCAGUUAGAGUCAUCACAAGCUUUGGAAUAAAAUGGAUGUUGAAAGGAAAGACUUGAAAUCGAUCUACUGGAUGUUAUUUGAGCAUGCAGAAAAGCGAAAAAACAAAUUAACGGACAAAUAGCCAAUUGAAAGCUUGUUGAUUUCUGUGACCGGACAAAUAACAACUUUAAAUAUACAUAUAAGUUCUUUCUACAUUUUUAAACAUAUAAAUAGUGUAAUAUUGAUUUAACUUUUAAAUACAUACCGUAUAUUUUUUGUUUAAACUACAUUAAAAAGAGAAAUUUUUUUUUUCGAAAAUCCAUUAAAUUUCGUGAAAGAUCAUGUGAGUUUUUUUAAACCUGUGAGUAUGACUUAUGUCUUAGGACAACCAAAAUGCAUCCCGCACAACCUUUGACGAAAUUUGAUAAAUUUUCAAACUGGCUGUUUAAACAAACAAAUAUACGGUAUAUAUUUAAAAGUUAUUUCUGUUCAUUUUAUGAAUUUAGAGGUUUAUUUAAAGUUUUUUGUCAUUUUAGCCAUUUCGUAUACGGUCAUCUAUUUGCCAACCUUGUACAAAUUAAAAUAUUAAUAACUUCUUAUUAACCGAACGCGAAGUCUGUACAAAGAAAUAGCAGACCGAGCUCUAUUUUGCACAGACUGAGCCCGUAAGCGUAGAACGAGGUUUGUACAAAAAGAUCAAGGUCCGAUAUUUCUCUGUAGAUAUCGAUCAAGCGAGGUUAAUAAAAAGUUUAUUAUAUGGCAUUUAUACUUUGAUUAAACAAACAAGAAAUGCAUGAUUUGAAAUGCAUGAUUUGAAAUGCAUAUUAAUAGCGUGGUACACAUUUGGUCGAAGAAAACAAAAAAUACCAAUGUAUUCCUUCUUUUUCACUAAAAACCAUUCGCAGAAAUUUUUAAAUAACAAAUAUAAUUUAAUAAUAUAAUUUUCAAAUUUUCAAUUAGUUUUGGGUGCGUUUGUUUUUACAUAUUAAUGGCCGCCGGUGGUCCAUUACGGGAAAAUAAUGGUCCGCUAAAAGUGCUUCUCAGCCAAUCACAGUCUGCCAUUUCACAGUAAGUGAUGAUUGCCAUAUAAUAAGUAAUGUUUACAACACGAGCAGCCAUGUUGUAUUGUGAAUUGAAUAUACUGUACAAUGAACAUUUGAUAAGAAGUGAAAGGAAUUAAGUGUUUUGCGAUUAAAUUAAUUGUUACCUUUUGUUUGAUAAAGUGCCUCGAAUAAAAUAGACAUUGUCAUUUGCAGCUGGAAUACAGGGUGUAUAAAAAAUGUAAUGGGGCUUCAGCGCGCUAUUGUAUCUGAAUUACUCUGAGUAUGAACGAGAUUUUUCACAUUCGGAAAGAUCAUGCUUCUAGCUGUUGAAUGAUAUCUUCUUCAUGCCCAUUUGGCACAAUAAUGAGCAAAUACAAAUCCGAUAAAAAAUGUUAGUCAGAAUCGCAUAUUUUCACCGUUGAGAGUUGGGUCUAAAACCAUUGAAAAUGAACCCCCUUUGGUACUUAAGUUGAUGAAUUUCACUCAAUAAACGACGCAAUAUUCAUAAUUAUUAUUAAGAAGGAAUAUAUCCUAGCUAAGCUACGACACGUUCGUGAUUAAUUGCUUUUUCUUUUGUUAUGCAUUGUGUUGUGCCUUCAAGUUCAGUGAACUUCAAAAAUAUGUCAAGUCGAACACUUGACUACACCAUUACAUUGUAUGAAUGAAGAAACAUUAAAAUUGUGGCUGGGUCGGUUUGUGGAAGAGGUUUGCAAUGCAAAGCCGAAGGGGUGGGGAGAUAUCCAGGACGAACUUUGUAUGUUGUAAUUUGAAGCGAUAUUUGAGUGAUAAAAGUGGUUGGUUCCACUGUGUAAAGACGAUAAAAGGUGAGUAGGCAGAUUUUAAUAUGGUUGACAUGACAGAUUUUAGUGUGCAUUUAGAUACAAAUUCUUCACCGAGUACAUCAAGUCAUACAAAAGUACCAGUGUUUAAUAACUGCAUGUUUAAUUCUUGUGAAAACUUUUGGACGGAGAAAUAAACUGGUGCUUGUCAAAUAAUUUUGGCAUUGGAAUGAAUAAAUGUGAUUUUGUUGUUUUAAUGCAUUUCUUACUGUUGUAUAUAAAUGGCCAAUGAGAUUUUAAUAAAUAUGCAAAUUAGUUACAAACACUCGUGGUUGUAACAGAAAAGAUACAACCAGAAGUGUUUGUAACUGAGUUGCAUAUUUAUUAAAAUCUCAUUUGUAUGGGGUAUACAGGGGUGUGCAUGUGAUAUAAUCCAUGAAAUUUGAUUGGCUAUAAACAUCAUUAAUUAUUCAUGAAUUUCACAAAUACAUAUUAAAUUUAUUAUUAAAUUUCAUCCAUUGUCGACUGUGUGCACUACUUCAUGUAAUAUGAAUUAUAGUUGAUUAAUCGAUUUUCUUUUAAAAAUAUAAGACAUUUUCGGGAGAGUGGAGACCUACGAUUAAUUCACAACAAAAAUAUUGAUAGAUGUUUUUACUCACAUAUGAGAGCAUCCUUUCUUUGGUCUUUGAUGCUGGCUGUUUGUUUUCCGUGGGCUCCCUUACUUGACGUUUUGGAAAUGGAUGGUGGCAUUCGACGCAAUCAUUCCGUCGGACAUGGUGUUGGAAAUUGACGUUAUUUUGCUUUAUACAUUGGUGUAUUUUGAAGGACAACAAUGGACAUUUAGAGUUAGUAGGGGAUUGCUGAACACGUGCGAGAAAACAGGGGGGAGUGAACAAUGUUGGGACUGUGACUUGGGAUUUUAAAAGAGCGAGUUGGGAGUAUAGUUUAUUGCUAUUAAAUUAUAAAAUACAUUUCGUGUUCCGUACUUAUUUGGAGGCACAAUUUCGGAAUAUGUGGCACCUACCGACGAAGAUAUAUUUGUGAUAUUUUGGGAUUUAUUUCGACGCUAGCGAGCAAUUUAUUAUGGCGAACGAGGAAGCGAAACUCGAUACAAAACUCACUCAGUUGAGAUUAACGGCGCAAAGAACCUGGGAAAAUACUUGAUGCUGGAAAACGAGAAACGAUCGAACGGCAUUUAAAGGCACUCCAAACAACAAUAAGCGAAACAGAUCAGUGCAAACGUACGGUUGAGGCUGAAAAAAUCGGUAAGAAAGAAGACCUAGCAGAAAUUAGCGACUGGAAUACGGAAAUCGAAGCGAAGAUAGGUGAAGCUGAAGACGAAGUAAAUCGACUUCAACAAUGGCUAGACAGCAAAAAGAUGGAAGAAGAAAACUACGCUCGAGAGGAACAACUUAAAUUCGAAGUGAAAUUGGGAGAAACAAAGCUUCAAAUGCAAGCUCAAAUUCAGGAUGCAAACCCGGGGGGGCAUAACACCUCGAAAACUGAGACGGGGGAAGGCAUGAAAGGUAUGUCAGUGAGAUUACCUAAAAUUAAUAUUGUGCAAUUUGAUGGGUCAUACAUGGAUUGGCCAAGAUUUUGGGGCCAAUUCACAGAGACGGUGGAUAAGUCAAAUAUAGCUGCUAUCAACAAAUUUACAUAUCUGUGUGGGUUUCUGGGACCAAAAGUUAAACGCCGGGUAGAGUCAUUGCCAUUUACUGCGGAGGGAUACAACCGGGCAAAGUCAAUUUUGCAAGAUCAAUAUGGCAAAACUCCGGAGAUUGUCAAAGCCUAUAUUAAAGAGAUCAUGGAUUUGCCACACAUUUCUGGAGCCAACCCAAAGAAAAUAGCAGAAUUCAGUGAGAAAUUGAAUUAUGGUGUUCAAGCCCUUGAGACACUAAAUAAACUGAAGGAUGUUCAAGGAAACGUUUCCAUGACAUUGGAUAAGCUUCCAGCUAUACGGGGUGACUUGGUAAGGGAUGACCCAGACUGGGAAAGCUGGGAUUUUGCAAAACUUGCUGAAGCAAUCAGACAGUGGACCAAGCGAAAUCCUGUUUAUGAAAAGGAGUCGGAUGCAUCAGGGAAAUUUGGGAAGCCUGGUAAAGUCUAUCAAACAAAAGCCACAAGGGUAUGUGUCUACUGCGAAGGCGAGCACAAGACGGGGGAAUGUGAAGUGGUUACUAGUGUCAACGAGCGGAGAGGAAUUUUAGCAAAAAAGAAACUUUGCUUUAAUUGUGCAGCAGGGCAACAUCGGGCAAAUGCUUGUUUCAGUAAAUCAACAUGUCGAAAAUGCAACAAACGCCACCAUACAAGCAUAUGUGAUGCCAAAGAUCGAGAUGACAAAGCCACUGCUGAACGAAAAGUGUUAACUGCAAGUGGAAGCACAGCUGAAGGAAUUUUCCCUGUUGUGGUAGUCAAGGUGAAUGGAAUAACAUGUCGAGCACUGAUAGACUCUGGCGCUGGUAGCUCAUACAUAUCUGGCAAACUUGCUUCCACGCUUAAUGUGAAACCGAUCGAGUCAAGAACUUCAAAAAUUGACAUGCUUUUGACGUCUAGAACCACAAGACUGGAUAUAUACGAAGCGAAAGUCGAGUCCAUGGACGGUGAUUAUGCAAUGGAUGUAAAAUUGAUCAAAGUCGAGAAGGGGGAGCUACUCACUGUUGACAACCCUCAUUACGAUAAGUUGCAAAGUGAAUUUGAUCACCUUAAACAAGCAAGGUUCAUUGAUGUCGACCAGAAAUCUCAAUUACCUGUUCAUGUUGUGCUGGGAAGUGGUGAGUACGCGCGGAUAAAAACUCGAACAAAUCCUCUAGUGGGAACCGAAGGUCAACCAAUUGCUGAGAAGACAAAACUUGGGUGGUUUGCCAUGAGCCCUGGUGUAGAGCUGAACCACAACACGAUGCUUCUUACUCAAACAUCCCAGAAAGAUUAUGAAGACCUGUGCCGCCUUGAUGUGUUGGGACUUGCAGAUACAGCUGAGCAUGAUCAAUCUAUGGUCUACAGUGAGUUCAAAGAACAAUUGACUAGAUCUCCAUCGGGCUGGUAUGAGACGGGCCUUCCUUGGCGUGGAAACCACCCACCACUACCGUCAAAUGAAAUGGGAAGCAUCCGCCGAUUGCAAUCUUUGGAACGUCGCCUGCAACGAAAGGACUUAAUCGAAGACUACAACACAGUGAUCGAGCAGCAGAAACAACAAGGAAUUGUGGAACCAGCCAAUAACGAAGCGAAGGGAAAAGUAUUCUACCUACCCCAUAAGGAAGUUGUACGAGAGUCGGCACAGUUAACAAAGCUGCGAGUUGUAUAUGAUGCUUCUGCGAAAGCCUCUCCUGUAAUCCCAUCCUUAAACGAAUGUCUUUACGCGGGUCCCCCUCUUCAGAACAAACUUUGGGAGAUACUAGUUAGAGCCCGAAGUUUCCCAGUGGCAAUCACAGGUGACAUGGAGAAAGCAUUUCUCCAGAUCCGUGUAAAAGAGAGUGAAAGAGAUGCGCUGAGAUUUCAUUGGCGAGAAAACCCACUAGCUGAUGUGGAGGUAUUGCGGUUCACCAGAGUAUUGUUUGGUUUGGUAUCAUCGCCAUUCCUGCUUGGCGGAGUUUUGGAAGCGCACUUAAAUUACUGGAAGAGCAAAGCUCCAGAAGCAGUCGACACGCUGAAGAAGAGUCUGUAUGUCGAUGACAUUAUUUCGGGGGGGUAACACUGUUGGUGAAGCAAAACAGCGCAAGUCUGAAGCUACUGAUAUAUUGGGUGAUGCAACCUUUUCACUUCAUAAAUGGGCAUCCAAUGCGAACGAACUGGACGGAGAAAGUGACAGCAACGAAGAUCGCGAGGAACAAACAGCGGCAAAACAACAGCUCGGUGUGAAGCCAACAGAAACAAAGAUCCUGGGCGUAAAAUGGGAAAAGGAGAACGAUACACUAAGUGUGCAACUGGGAUCGAACAGCGAGAAUCCUACGAAGCGAAGCAUCCUUAGUCGGUUAGCUAAGAUUUACGACCCAAUAGGAAUUGCCUCACCUCUGUUGUUGCAAGGAAAACAAGUCUACCGAGAAGUAUGUGACCACAAGCUACCAUGGGAUGUAGAAUUGAAAGGAGCGAUUAAAAAGCGGUGGGAGAAAUGGGAAGACAACCUGCCGAGCGAAGUGACUGUGCCAAGACCAAUUGCACCUUUCCAAGAGCCGGUGGAGAAAUUGGAGAUUCAUGGGUUCGGAGAUGCCAGUGGUGAGGGGCUGUGUGCAGCGGUGUACACAGUUGCAAGACAACCAUCUGGUGUUACUAAAGAGUUACUAGCUGCGAAAGCAAGACUUGCGAAGAAAGGACUGACCAUACCAAGGUUAGAACUUGUUGCAUGCCACAUGGUAACCAAUUUGGUCAACAAUACAAGCAGAGCUCUUUGUCAUAUUCCACACGAGAAACACUGCUGGUCAGAUAGCACAGUAGCUUUGUGGUGGAUCACAGGAGAAGGCCAGUAUAAGCAGUUCGUGGAAAACCGAGUAGCAAAGAUUCGAGAUGCUGAAGGAAUCGAGUGGCAUCAUGUACCGACAACAGAGAACCCGGCUGACCUCGGAAGCAGAGGUGGUCAACUCACAAAGCUCUGGUUAAAGGGUCCUACUUGGCUGCCAGAUCGUAGUCAUUGGCCACCUCGUUGUCAAACCAUCUGCCGAUUCUCAGAGUGAAUCCAAAGCAACGAGAGCAAUUCUCAAUGUAGGUGUGGAACGAGUGGAGUCAGCGAUCCUGGGAGAUAUUCUGAGGAAACACUCAUUGACAAAAACCCUACGAAUUGGUGCAUGGAUAAAGAGAUUCAUCGACAACAGUCGCGUGAACGUAGACAGCAGGCAACGUGGUCCAUUAACAACCGAUGAGACUGACCAACAACGUCUAUGGUGGAUCAAACAAGUACAAGCAGAGGCGAAAGAAGAUUCAAAAUGUCAAAAUGAUUCUGUUUAGUUAAACCUACAAGCCGAUGCGAACGAGAUUCUGAAAUGCAAAGGACGAGUACAAGGACAACUUCCUAUUUACCUGCCCGACAGUUCGUUGUUUGCCGUGAAACUUGUGGAAGAAGCUCAUAUAAAGACGCUCCAUGGGGGAGUUAUUUUGACGAUGGCGAAGAUUCGUGAGAACUACUGGAUACCUCGCCUCCGUCGCCUAGUAAAAAAGUCGCGAAAGGGAUGCGCACGAUGCAAGAAGUUUAUGACCAAACCUUAUCAAGCUCCAACACCUGCACCAUUACCAACAACGCGAACGGAAGGGACUACUCCUUAUAAAGUUAUCGGAGUCGAUUUCGCCGGCCCAAUCACAUAUAGAGUUAAGAAAACCCAAGAAGGGAAAGCAUACUUAGUCCUAUUUACAUGUAGUUUGACUCGGGGAGUUUACCUAGAAGUUCUGAAGAGUCUUGAAACAACCCCUUUCCUUCGAAGUCUCAAAAGACUAAUCGCCAGACGAGGUCGACCUUCUCUUAUCUACUCGGACAACGCGAAGACGUUCCAAGCGGCUGCCUCAUGGUUAAACAAGGUGAUGAAAGAUGAGAAAUUCCACAGUGAACUGAGCAAGUAUGAGAUCAAGUGGAGAUUCAAUUUGUCACGUGCGCCCUGGUGGGGCGGACAAUUUGAACGAUUAAUCGGAAUUUUCAAAUGUGCUUUUUACAAGGUUAUCGGCAAAGGACUUUUGACAUUUGAAGAGCUGUCGGAAGUUGUUCUAGAUGUAGAAAUCUGUAUGAAUAACCGGCCACUAAGCUACUUAGAGGAUGAUAUUGAAUUUCCUAUUCUUACACCAAAUUCCUUUGUGCUACAACAGUCGAAUGUUGUGCCAGAGCUAGAAUGUUAUCAUAUUGAGGACGGUGAUCUACGAAAGAGGGCAAGGUACUUGCAAAGCGUAAAGAACCAUUUAUGGAGACGAUGGCAAAGAGAGUACCUGACGAGUUUACGGCAGCGUCAUCAGACCAUCAUCAAGUCAACUGUAGUUGGUCCCAAGGAAGGAGAUAUUGUGUUGGUUAAAGGCGACGAGAAGAACAAAAACAAGUGGAAAAUGGGAAAAGUUACGAAAUUAAUUCGUGGGAAAGAUAACGUUGUCAGAGGAGUUAAGCUUCAAUGCGCUAAAUCGACUAUAGAAAGACCGAUUCAACUGAUAUAUCCUUUGGAACUGGAAUGCGACGUGGGGAAAUGCGAGACGAAAUUGAAUACCAAUGCGAAAGAAUUCAAACCAAAGCGGCGAGCAGCAGUCGUAGCAGAAGCAAAGAAUAAGGAACUGUUUGAACUGGAUGAGGAUGACGAAUGACAAUUAACAUUGAGACAUUGGGAUUUUCUAGUAUAACAUGUGACUCCUUAUGAGUCGCAUGGGGGGAGGGUGUUGGAAAUUGACAUUUAUAUAUAAAAAAGUGGAAACACCGUUGUCAUAGGAACUGUGAGACAUGCUCAGGACAUGCUGGGGAGGGGAUUUUUUACAAACAUGGGAAUUUUUGUGAUGUGAGAAAACUGUGAGAUUAUAUAAAUUCAUGUAAUAAAUAUACGUCGAUACAUUUAUUUUGAUAAUAUUCCGUAAUUCCGUUACUAAGAUUCGGAGGCAAAGUUUCGGAAUACCCAAUUUGAGAGAUAAUUGGCAUUGAAAAUAAAUAUUAACUGAGAUAAAUGGCUUUAUGGCCACGAAUAAACAAUAAAAGUAGACUAGUGGGCAGUAUUCUGACUCAGAAACAUUUAUUAUUGCCAGCAUUGAGUGGGCUUCGGUCAGCGUUUAUGGGGCAGCAGAUGGUGCAAGGCGAGACUGCAUGCGUUCAGUAUUGGCCAAUAAUACCAAUACUUCAUAAAAACAGGAGAAAAUGAGACAGAAGCAAAGAAAAACGACUCGAUACACGAGUCGUAAACUAAAGCCACGAACCAUGUUGCAACUGCAUGCAAGCGUCGUUAAGCAACUGUGUAUUAUUUCGGCAAAACACAAAGUUUAAGACGUUUUCAAGUUUACGUUCUACUGCAUGAUCACACACUCGAAACGUACGUUUCGUUGCUCGUGCGUGCGAUCAACAAGUUUUCCUUGAAAAGGUUUGUUGCUUUUCAUCCACGUUUUUCGAUCUGUGUGUGCAGAAGAAGGAUAUAUAUAUCAUAAUAUACAGUUACAAGAUUACACAAUUUUCACUAUAGAAUUAACGGUUGCUGCAAAUCUGUGAUCAUUGCAUGUAAGUUGAAGAUGGUCUAGCUUACUAUAACAUGUUGUAAUUUGAUUAAUCUUUUGUAGACAUUGUAAGAAUAAAAGCCCCUAAAGUCUAUUGGGUAACUUAAAAAUUGCUAUUGGUGGAAUUGGCAAAAAUACAACACGCAUGUGACGGUGAAGACCAUCCAUAUUUUUUUGCAAAAACGUUGACUAACAUAGAUAAUGAGUCUUUGGAAACUCAUUAGAAUAACAAUUAUGAUAAUGCUUAUUCUAAUGAGUUUCCAAACCAUCUAUUCUACUCACUACUGCUCUAAGUGCAAGUCUAUAACAAUUUAAAUUUCAAACAAUGUCUAGAGUCUACGGUCUAAAACUAUUUUCUUGGUAAUUGUAAACAGUGUAAUUGUACUUCAUGUUUAAAUCGUUUUGAAAUCCCGUUCAUGGCUAGGGAACGGGCUGAAUCGUUCAGCGCUUUCAACGUUGUUCACCGAACCAAAAUAUAUACAAAUGCCUUCAAGUUUCUUUUUUGAAGAGAGUCGAUGUUCCCACAAGAUAAUUUAUUCAGAGGAUUUAUACUUAUGCCAAAACCAAUGAACGUAUCAGGUGUGUUACAAUCAUCUUCAUUAUUACCGGCAAAACCAAUUCGCAAACGCGCCUUUGAAAACUUCAGGUUGAAACCUUCCUUGCUGCAAUUCGGUUGUAAUGAAGAGUCAUCUAUAAGGGACACCCAUUCCGCUCUUCCAGCAUUUGUUGCGACGUCAUUUCCGUCUGCGAUCACACUGUACAGUGAACUUGCGGUGUGGUUGAGAAGUAUCCAAUUUGUCUUCUUAUUCACGUCUGUCAUUCCCAGGCAAAUCUCGGUGAAAGGCGUGUUAUGGUACGAAGCUAGCUUUGUUUCAUUUUCUGUCAAACCGUCCAUGACCUGCUUUAUCGUUCAAUGUAGCGUUGUUUCCCCAGAAUAGAGAAUU